UGCGGCUAUGCUUUGCCUCCCAUUAAAUGCUCAUCGAGCGGCAGCUCCUCCUUCCUCCUCCUCACAUUCGAUCUCCUCAACAACUCGAAUCAUUAAUUCUCACUCAGAUCUCUCUUUCCCCACCGAAAUUCCUAUUCUUCGGAGGCCCCUUCCCCACUGCACUCUGUCCUUCUUGUUUCUGUGGAAUUCUGCAGGGUUUUGAGAAAGAAAUUAAAAGUUCGUUUUUUUUCCCCGAUUCCGGUCGUGUUCCAGUUGCCGAGUCGGACUCGGUGUGCGGGCGGAUCUGGAGGUGGUGAUGAAGGCGCUCUUUGUGUUCUUGAUCCACCUGUGGCUUCUCUCGAGAUCGGCCGAUGGCAGCACCCAGCGAAAAGAGCUCGCCCCCGGCUUCCGCAGCUCGGAAAUGGAGUAUAUCGACAACAAUGGGCUGUUCCUCUUGUCCAAUAGCUCCGCCUUCGCCUUCGGCUUCACCCGCUUCGGAGACAACUCCAGCGCCUUCCUCCUCUCGGUGGUCCACCAGGGCAGCGCUACCGUCGUCUGGAGCGCCAAUCGCGGGCAGCCGGUCUCCAAUUCCGACGACUUCGUCUUCGACGAGGACGGAAACGCCUAUCUCCAGUCCGGAGAUGCCAAGAUCUGGUCCACCGAUACCCGCGGCAAGGGCGUGACUCGGAUCCAGCUCCUCGACUCCGGGAACCUCGUCUUCCUCGGCGACGGCGGAGGAUCCGGCCCCAUAUGGCAGAGCUUCGAUCACCCGACCGAUACGCUACUUCCCGAUCAGAGCUUCGCGGAGGGAAUGUCGCUGGAGAGCGACCCUAAUGACCAGGGGUUGAAGUACCGGCUCCGGAUCGAGUCGGGCGAUGCCAAGCUCUUCGCUCAGUUCCCAUCUCCGCAGCCCUACUGGUUCUUGAGCCGCGACUCGACGCCGAUCCAGAAUAAGGCCGGCGGCAGCAUCCGCACCGCGGUGCUCAACUCCAACUCGUGGAACUUCUACGACAGCAACCGAACCCUUAUCUGUCAAAUCAUCGUCGUGACUUCAGAUUCCUCUGGAAAUGACACACUGGCCGCCGUUCUGCAAAAAUCAGGCUUCAUCUCCUUCUAUUCACUCUCCAACUCCGGCCAAGCCAACCCCUUGUCUGUCAGGAUUCCGAGGGAUUCUUGCAAUGCGCCCGAGCACUGCAAUCCAUACUUCAUUUGCUCCUCCGGCGGCAGUUGCCAGUGCCCGACCGUUCUUAGCUCGUCUACUCCUAACUGCGAUCCUGGAAUGUCCUCAUCCUGUGACACGAGCGCGUCGGUGGAUCUUGUCAAGGUCGGCGAUGGAGUCGGGUACUUCGCCACGGAUUUCAUUUCGCCUAGUUUAGUUUCGAACUUAACUGGAUGCAGAGAUGCUUGCACGAACAACUGCUCAUGCGUCGCUUUGUUCCACGACGGGAGCUCAUCGAAUUGCUUUCUUUUCGAUCAGAUAGGCAACUUCAGACAGAUUCAGGGCCAUUCAUCUAGUUCUACUUACAUCAAGGUGCGGAGCAAUGCAGAUGGGAGCAAUGGCUCAAGUGGACAAGGAGGCAGCGGAAAUAAGACGGCGAUCAUCGUCGUCGUCAUCUCAGUACUGACUGUCUGCGUGAUAGUAACUCUCAUCUAUCUCUCCUUGCGGAUUCAUCGGAGGAGGAAGAAAAUACCCGACCCUUCUCAAGGAUCAUCGGAGGAAGAUAACUUUCUGGAGAGCAUCUCCGGGAUGCCAGUCAGGUUCAGUUACAGAGAGCUUCAAGAAGCUACAGAAAACUUCUCCGUGAAGCUCGGCGAAGGAGGCUUCGGCUCGGUCUACCUGGGGAAGCUCCCCGAUAACACCAGAGUGGCGGUGAAGAAGCUGGAAGGUAUCGGCCAGGGAAAGAAAGAAUUCCGUUCCGAAGUGACCAUAAUCGGCAGCAUUCAUCACAUCCACCUGGUUAAACUCCGUGGCUUCUGCGCGGAGGGCGCGCACCGGCUCCUCGCGUACGAGUACAUGGCGAAGGGGUCUUUGGAUCGAUGGAUCUUCAAAAGGAACGAGGAUGAGCUCGUCCUGGACUGGGACAAGAGGUACAGCAUUGCUCUCGCCACCGCGAAGGGGCUGGCCUAUCUCCACGAAGACUGUGAAUCGAAGAUCAUUCACUGCGACAUCAAGCCUGAAAAUGUGCUCCUGGACGACAAUUUCCACGCCAAGGUGUCGGAUUUCGGGCUCGCGAAGCUGAUGACGAGAGAACAGAGUCACGUCUUCACGACCCUCAGAGGCACCAGGGGAUACCUCGCGCCGGAAUGGAUCACUAACUACGCCAUAUCUGAGAAAAGCGAUGUGUAUAGCUACGGCAUGGUCUUGCUCGAGAUAAUCGGAGGGAGGAAGAACUUCGACCCGGCGGCGGAGAGCUCCGAGAAAGCUCAUUUCCCUUCGUACGCUUUCAAGAAGAUGGAGGAGGGGAGGCUGAUGGAAGUCUUCGACGCGAAGUUGAGAUUCAACGAAAUGGAUGCGAGAAUGGAUGUCGCAAUUAAAGUCGCCUUGUGGUGUAUUCAGGAGGACUUGCAUCUGAGACCUUCGAUGAUGAAAGUGGUCCAAAUGCUGGAAGGAUUGCAGGAGGUGGCUCAGCCUCCGGUGUCGUCGCAGCUGGGAUUCCGGCUAUACGCAAACGCCUUCAAAUCUAUCAGCGAAGAGGGAACGGAUUCGGGUUCAGGGCCGUCGGACUGUAACAGCGAUGCGUUGCUUUCGGCCGUCCGGCUGUCGGGGCCGAGGUAAACGAAGCCACCUUCUUCAAAUUUGUCCUGCUUUUGGUUUUGUUCAUACCUUCUUGUAUACAUUUCCAUUUCCUGUAGAGAAGUAGCUGUAGAUAUUGCUGUUUUCUGAGGCUUGAAAUUUGAAUGGGAUUGUAGUUCCAUGGAGAAGGAUGGAUUUUGUUA